AUGACUUCUCCUUUGCCUUUGCUAUUAUAUAUUGAAAGAGCAGAACCAACGGACACAAGUACUGUUCUCACAGUGACCGCAUUGUCUCAGACAAAUGUGUUGAUUGGCAAUGUCCAAGAUUUCUUAGUUAGAGGAGACUUUAUGUUCGCCACCAGGAAAAACAACAAGAACAAUCUAGAACUAUUGAUUUCAUAUCGAAGAGCACCUUUCGUAGUAGCUCAUUUUUCAUCGGAAUUGAGUUUUCUUGCCAUCCAUGUGGCUGAUGUGACAGAUAGAAGACUGAUGGUAGUGGGUGUUCAUGGUGACACUGUAGCUCAUCUCUAUGUUUCUGAGAGCAAUGAAGAUUUCUCUAGAAUUAAUUUUGUUUUAAGCUUAGAAGGCAUUUUGUGCCAUGUUCCAAAUAGUACGUGGACUGACACCUGGCUGAGUGAUAUAGCAGAAGAAUCAUUUGCUGACUUAUAUCGUGUCGAGGGUCUCCUUGGAGUCUACAUUGCAUCUCGCGUUCUUUCUACUUCUACAUUCAAUAACAAUGCCACCAGUAGAGGCAGAACUCAACCAGUUAUAUCACCAGAACAUUUAUCCAGUGUGAUAACCUUCGAUCAUGGUGCUACUUGGCGACCGAUUUCUCCACCACGACGAGAUGACGAUGGACAUCCAAUCAAGUGCGAUACCAACCUGGGAUGUUCGUUGCAUUUGACACAGAAAUUUAGUCAGCUGUAUCCUGUUACUAGAUCGGUUACAAUACUCAGUUCCAAGUCCGCACCCGGCAUCAUCCUCGCCGCUGGUGUUAUCGGACGCUCUUUAAAAGGUCAUCGUGUAUUUUUAAGUCGAGAUGGCGGCCUUACAUGGAAGCAAAUUCUGAAAGACUAUUAUUUCUUCAAUUUUGGUGACCACGGUGGCGUUUUAGUCGCCGUAAAAUAUUUUAAGACGAGAGGCGAAACGAAACGUCUUUUAUAUUCUACUGAUGAAGGUGAUACUUGGAAGAGUGUCGAUUUCCAUUCAAAGGAUUUGAGAAUUUACGGUUUGAUGACGGAACCAGGGGAGAAUACUACUGUUUUCACUAUGUUUGGUUCAAGCCCUGGUCUACAUCAAUGGCAAAUUAUAAAGGUUGAUUUGGCAGCCGCUUUCGACCGUAUGUGCACGCCGGAAGAUUACAAAUUUUGGGCUCCAGGAGGUCUUUCUGGUGUCUCAGAAAUGGCAUGUUCUAUGGGAUCCAAAGAUACUUAUCAACGAAGGAUCCCAAGGGCUAAUUGCUAUAAUGGCAAAGAUUACUCUAGGCCAGUUAAUAAAGAAGUUUGCGAAUGCGGAGCUCACGAUUUUGAAUGUUCUCCAGGCUUUACUCGUAGUAGCCAACCAUUCCACUGCAUAAAAAAACCUGAACUAUCAGAGGAUCCGUUCGCUGUUCCCGCCACUUGCAGACCUGGACAAUUUUAUAAAAGGACUAAAGGUUAUAAAAAGAUUGAUGGAGAUGUCUGCUUGGGCGGAUAUGAGUACCUCUAUGAACCAGCCACAAUACCGUGUCCAUUUGCUCCAACAAGAGAAUUUUUAGUUAUGGCUCAACGAGAGAAAAUAAUUCGCAUAGACUUAUCUGCACCAACUAAUGGCACUGUAUUAAAGACAGGAAUUGAAGUUUUCCCUGUAGAUGGUUUGAAGAAUGUCAUAGCAAUUGAGUAUGAUAUGAAGAAUGAUUGUGUUUAUUGGGCCGAUAUUGUCAAUGAUACAAUUGGCAGACAGUGUUUGAGAAACGGAACUGAGGAGAGGGAAAUUUUGGUGGAGACUGAUUUAGCUAGUGUAGAAGGAAUGUCAUUGGAUUGGAUAUCUCGAUUAUUAUACUUUGUUGAUGGAAUGAGACAAAAGAUUGAAGCAAUACAUAUUGAUACAAAUGCUUUUGGACGAUUCCGGAGAACUAUUUUGGAUUCAAAGGUUCUUACAAAACCUAGAGGUAUUGUUGUACAUCCUGUGGCUGGCUAUAUGUUCUUUACUGAUUGGGAACCAGUUUCUCCAUCUAUAUCAAGAGCGAAUCUUGAUGGAACCGAAGUAACUCGGUUGUUUACUGCACCUGUUGUUAGUUGGCCCAAUGGAAUUACAGUAGAUCAUAUUGCUGAACGUAUAUAUUGGGUGGAUGCCCAAGAAGACUAUAUUGCCAGUAGUGAUUUGCAUGGAAAACAUUUUGAAAAAAUUAUGUCUGAAGAAGAACGAGUUACUCAUCCAUUUGCUGUAGCUGUUUUCAAACACACCAUGUAUUGGGAUGAUUGGAAAACCAGUGCUGUGUACAGUGCAGACAAAGAUCAUGGAUUACAGGUCCAAACAAUUGCUAGAGAUCUUCCUGGACUCAUGGAUCUGAAAAUCUAUGCCCACUCAAUACAAGAAGGUACAAGUGCUUGCUCUCCCAUGAGUAAUGAGACAAAACCGAAAUGCCCCUAUACUUGUGUUAGCAUGCCUAAAGGGCAAUAUAAGUGUUUGUGUCCUGAUGGAAUGGAUGAUAUAGGAGGAAAAUGUUUGUGUCCUGGAGGAUCUGCACCUUUUGCUAAUAACACAUGUCCACAGCAAGCAAAUACCUGCCGACCAGACCACUUUACUUGUUCGAAUGGUGUAUGCAUACCUCUUUCACUUAGAUGUGAUGGCGGACAAGACUGCGGGGAUGGAAGUGAUGAAUUAAAUUGCGCCUUGGCAAGCAAUGCAAGUGGUUGUGGUGUGAACAUGUUCCGUUGCCAGGAUGGAGGUUGUGUACCACGACAUUGGCGCUGCGACUCUGAUCGUGAUUGCAAAGAUGGUAGCGAUGAAGCUAAUUGCCAAUAUGCUGAAUGCUCUGCUGGUGAAUUUAGAUGUGGAAAUGGAAGGUGCAUCUCUUCAAAAUGGAAAUGUGAUGGUGAAGAUGAUUGUCGUGAUGGAACAGAUGAGAAAGAUUGCCCAUCUCGUGCUAAUGUCACAUGCAAAGCAGACGAAUUCAGAUGCAAUUCAACCAACACUUGCAUACCUAACUCUUGGCGAUGUGAUGCUGAUACUGAUUGCCCUGAUGCUUCUGAUGAAAAAGGUUGUGCCAAUAUUACUAUCACAAACAAUGGUACUUGUGAAGAAUGGCAAUUCACCUGCGCCGAUGGACUUUGUGUUUAUGCAACAUUCAGAUGUGACGGAGCUCCUGAUUGCAGGGAUGGAAGUGAUGAAGUAAAUUGCACCACGAUUUUGCCAGCCUUGGGACCAACUUAUACAGAAAAGCCACGUCCAAGUUUCCAGUCCCAAGAAAAUUGCGUCGAUUGGAUGUUCAAGUGUGCAGAAGAAAGAAAGUGCAUUCCAUACUGGUGGAAAUGCGAUGGGGUUAACGAUUGCGCUGAUGCAUCUGACGAACGGGGCUGCGGAGACCGAACAGGAAUAUCAUCAACUUUCAGGCCACAGACCACAUCUUCUACAUCUAAUAGGACAGGUCCAUCAACUACUAGUAGAUGUGUUGACCGUGAAUUCAAAUGUGAUUCUGGUGAAUGCAUACCCCAGUCUUACGUUUGUGAUGGUUAUCAAGAUUGCAGGAGUGGUGAUGAUGAAUUAAGAUGCCUUGUGUCUUCAAAUAAUCUGAGUGGUUGUAGUUUAUCAAGUUCUUCAGAAGAAUCUAGUGAGGAUGGUUCUCAUCACAAGGAAACUAAAGGUUUUAGAUGUAGAAUGGAUGGCACUUGCAUUCCCAAAGAAGUUGUUUGCGAUGGUCACGUUGAUUGUCCAGAUUCCAGUGAUGAACUUGGCUGCUUAAGCCAUAAUAAAACCGAGCAUACAAGUCAAGAAAAACAACCAACUUUGUGUUCACGUGGCUAUUUUGCUUGUGCUACUGGUGAAUGCUUGGCACAGACCAAAUUCUGUGAUGGCAAGCAGGAUUGCUAUGAUGGAUCUGAUGAAUCUAAUUGUGAAGGAAGAAAACGAGUAUACCAGAUUCUCCUUAUGGGCGUCGAAGAUCGCAGCAUUAACUCAUCCAGCUUGCUCCUCUACUGGUCUUUACCCAGAAAUACAAAAGAUGUAAAACUCGAAUUCUUACCCUCCAUUACCCCCAUCUCCAGCAAUCAAGAAACAUGGACAAACCACACCAGUUGGCUUGAGCAAUCUGAACACCGAUUUUUGAAUCUCAAACCAUACACUAAUUAUAACAUGACAGUUUAUGUCAGAGUAAAGAAAGUCGACAAAAGUGAUAAGAAAGGUGAUUCAAAUGGUGUAGAAGUUGCGCCUAUCAAAUUUGUCAAUGCCACUACAUCAGAAGGCAUUCCUGAUAGCCCAACUAAUGUGAAAUUACUUCAACAAAAUGGAUCAAAUAUUCAAGUCACUUGGGAAGAGUCUAAGAAUGUAAAUGGCAUAUUGAGAGGUUAUACACUAUUUGUGUCACCUCCUACACCACCAAGACAGUAUCAAAUACCUGCUCAAACAACAUCUUACACUGUUAGAGGUGAUUUCAAACCAGCAAUGAAAUAUACAUUCUGGCUUGUAGCUCGUAACACAUUAGCUUUAUCAGAAAACUCUAAUACUUCUGAAAUUGUUUUUGAUGGGGAUUCAGUGUUUAGUGAUCGCAUCAGAGGAUUACAUGUUGUUAACGUUGCUGGUGAUAAAGAUAGAGGAGUAUCGAGCAUAUCACUGUCUUGGGACCCUGUGAAAAAUGUUGAUGGCUACAGUGUGCAAAGAAUUUUACCUCUUCCAUAUCCAAAAUUGGAACCUGUAUUUGUUAAGAAGAACGAAAUUGUCAUCAAAAACGCUAGUCCUGGAGUUGAACACGCCAUUUCAGUUUCUGCAGUAAGGAAGCAAUAUCAUUCUAUGUCUAGUUCCAUAACUGUUGCCACUCCAGGAAGAAAUUUCCCAGAUGCUACAGCUAUUCAAGCUCGUCUUAUCAAGCCUGCAGCUGGCAGUAAAUCAGAAAUUGGUGUAGCUAAAGUUACAUGGGAGGCACCAGGAAAGGCAAAAUGGUGGUAUGCGGUUUAUUAUGGCAGAAACAUGCAGGAGCUAUUAGAAAAACCUCGUCUCAUAACCAAGAACCUAACCGCCACCAUCCGCGGAUUAGAGCACUGCUCCUCAUACUUUAUAGCAGUUGGUGUUUUAGCUGGUGAUGGUGCUUCAGGAACCUCAUCUGGUGACUUGGAUAGUUCUCUGGGAUCUCUUGGUGCACGAUGGGCUCCAGGACCUCUUAGUACAGCUGGUUCUGGCACUCUCGACACACCUUAUGAUCCAAAAGCUCCAGUCAGGGAUUUGAAAGCUACUGUUGUUGAGACUAAUGGAGUGGUGAAUAGGAAAGGAUUGCUCAUCACUUGGAAGCCGAGUUGUGAUGUUAUCACUCAACCCGUGGGAUAUGUGGCUGAAAUAAUAGAAUUGACCACCAACGAAACAUUCCGCUUCGAAUUGGCAGCAGUUUCCAACAGAACGCUUUCCCAUCUUGUGGAACCUGUAUUAUACGGCGCCAAUUAUCGGAUUCUCGUCAGAACUUCUGGUGAUGGAUUGACAUCGAAAGGUCCAGCCGCAGAUUCUGAAAUUACCGUACAAGGACCCCCAUUACCGGUUCCACAUCAACUGCAGAUGUGGAGGCAGAGGAACAGCUCUUUCUUGGUGCAAUGGAAAGAUGUCAAGAUGCCUGAUGAAAUUAGUUCCAUUAAAUUCAAAUAUGUGUUGUGGGUGUCGACAGGUAAACAGGUUGAUACAAAGACUGGCAAGAAUUAUACUCUAUCAGAAUCAACGUUAAUUCUUGAUUCUUUGGAAGAAGGACAGAUUUAUUCAAUGGCUGUGCAAAUCCAAACUGAACAAGGAAUGCUUUCUGAAUUAAGUGAAGUGGAAUCGAUUCAAGUACCAUUAGGAACGUGGUCGUUGUUCUCUUACGACGAAUCUAGUGGCAAUGGCGGUUCCACAUGGCGUGUGGCUGCACCAGUAUUGAUCCUGGUGACUUUAGCUGUAUGCACCGCCGCCGCUGUUCUCGUUUGGAGGCAUCGAAGGGCGCAGAAUAGUUUCACCAGAUUCGCAAAUUCUCAUUACGACACGAGGACUGGUGCUACUACUAUUGGCGCAGGAGGAGUUUUAGAUGACGAUGUUCCUGAUAUAAGGCCGUUCUCUGACGACGAACCUUUGGUUUUAGCGUAG